UUCACUUGGUUUUUAAUGGUACGUUUUUGUUCUCCACAGUAUGAGAAGGUGCGUAUCUACCGCAUGGACGGCUCGUACCGCUCUGUGGAGCUGAAGCACGGCAACAACACCACGGUGCAGCAGAUCAUGGAAGGCAUGCGUCUCUCACAGGACACACAGCAGUACUUCACCAUCUGGAUCUGCUCCGAGAACCUCCACCUGCAGCUGAAGCCUUACCACAAGCCCCUGCAGCACCUGAGGAUCUGGACGGAGAUCGUGACGGAACUGACGGUGCUGGAUCCUCAGAGGGAAACGCCUCAGCUCUUCCUCCGCAGAGACGUCAGGCUGCCUCUGGAUGUCGAGAAAAAGAUAGAGGACCCUCUGGCCAUCCUCAUUCUGUUCGACGAGGCCCGCCACAGCCUCUUGAAGGGCUUCUUUACUGCGCCCGACAGCAAGCUCAUCACACUGGCCAGCCUCCUCCUGCAGAUCAUCUACGGCAGCUAUGAGAGCAAGAAGCACAAGCAAGGAUUCCUCAACGAGGAAAACCUGAAAUCAAUUGUGCCGAUAUCCAAAGUGAAAAGCAAGGCGUACCACUGGACCAACAGGAUUCUUCAUGAGUACAAAGCGCUGAGCACCAGUGAGGGGGUGAGUAAAGAGAUGCACCACCUGCAGCGGCUCUUCCUGCAGAACUGCUGGGACAUCCCCACCUACGGAGCGGCCUUCUUCACGGGCCAGGUCUACACCAAGGCCAGCGCCAGCAACCACAAAGUGAUCCGCGUCUACGUCGGGAUCAACACCAAGGGGCUGCACCUCAUGAAUAUGGAGACAAAGGUCCUUCUCAUCAGUUUGGAGUACAGCACAUUCAUGUGGCAGCUCGGACACGCUGACCAGUACUUCCAGAUACACAGCGGGGACAAUAAGAUGAACUUCAUUGUGCACACAAAACAGGCUGGCCUUAUUGUGAAGCUUUUGAUGAAGCUGAGUGGACAGAUGACAUCAAAUGAUAAAAGCGUUUUGGACAAAUAUGCCUAUGGCUGAAAAAGUGUUUAGGAAACCACAGCUGCCAAAUAUCAAAGUGCAAGUUUCUCUUACUGACUUACAUUUGACUGCAAUAUGUUGGCCUUUUCACAAUGCCUCGUUAUGUAUAUUAUGCUUACUGAUAUUUUUCACAACCUCACAUUGUGUAUUUUUGACCAUUCAUAUAUUUGGAGUGCAUGUAAAUAUGUUUAUUUAAUGUUUUCUUUUAAUAAACCGAUGUAUGAAUGA